AUGGCUCCAACAACGUCAUCCCUCGUGACCAAAAUAAAAGUUCAGCUCAAGCUAUCCAUAGCACGCCUGCGCAUGGUCCAAAAGCGAGAUGACGCCGUGACCAAGACCCAAAGAAGGGACAUGGCCAAGCUGCUCGAGGUCGGCAAAAUCGACUCUGCCCAGAUCCGCGUCGAGAACAUCAUCCGGAGCGAUAUCACUACCGAGCUGCACGAGAUACUCGAACUGUACUGCGAGCUGUUACUGGCACGUGCCGGAUUGUUGGAGGCAUCCACUUGCGACCCAGGACUGGAGGAGGCGAUCAAGAGCGUCCUCUAUGCGGCGCCCAAGACAGAGAUCAAGGAGUUACACACGGUGCGGGCACUGCUGGCUGAAAAGUAUGGGAAACAAUUUGUGCUCGACGCCAUGGAGAACAAGGACGGGAAGGUCAACGAGAAGGUGGUCAAGAAGCUGAGCGUGACGCCACCAAGGCCUGAACUCGUCCAAGGUUAUCUGGAGGAGAUUGCGAAGGCGUAUGGGGUUAAUUGGCCCAAAAAGGAUUUGGGAGAGGCACCGCCGAAUUUCCUCGACGACGACGAUGACGAUCCAAGUGGAGGAGGGCAGCAGAAGAAUCUAGAGGCGCCGCUGAUUGCUGACGGCCCGUCUUCCGAGGACGCUGCGCAGGAGGAGCUGAGCAAGGCGACGCCACCCAAGAGUUUUGGUCCGAACAGUCCGUUGAGGGUGGCACCCUCGAGCCCGUCCACAGAGAAUCCGCGGCCGAAGGUGACGUUGAACAAGAUGGAGCUGACACCAAACAAGAAGAUGGAGGCUGCGAAAGCCGCACCAAAACCAGCAGCAAAGAAAGAGGACAUUAGUAGUGGGAUACCGGACGUGGACGAGUUGUCAAAGAGGUUUGCAGCUCUGAAAAGGUAG